AUGCUCGCGGGAAGAUCGCAGGAAAAGGAGCAGUGGGAGCUGGAGGCGACACUUCUAAUAGAAGUGCACGAAGUUCUAAAAGGUCUAAGAGGAGCUCAAGGAGCAGCAGAAAAAGUACCAAACGCGGGAAAAGUGUUAAGAGCGCAAAAAGUGCCAAAAGUGGAAAAGCUACUAGCAGUGUCAAAAGUAGACAAAGUGCCAGAAGCGGCAUGA